AUGGAGGGUGAAGUGUACCAGAGAAACCUGCCCCUGCCCGUAGCUGUGGUAAGUCUUGCGGAGCGCCAUGACCCCGUGGCAGCCUGUGCCGACUUCCUCAUCCGGGUCUCAGAGAGACCCACCCCUGUCCUCAGCUGUGCUGUGGUAAGUCGCGCAGAGCGCCAUGACCCCGUGGCAGCCUGUGCCGACUUCCUCAUCCGGGUCUCAGAGAGACCCACCCCUGUCCUCAGCUCCGAGGUGCCCCCUUGUUUCCUCUCACAGGGGCUCCAGGAACCAGGAAGUGAAAGCCCAGGUCUGAGGCUCAGGUCACAGAUCUCAGGUCACAGAGCAGAGGAGGUCCAGGCAGCACAAGGAGUAAAGGUGAGAUAUCACAGAAAGGAGGUAGCCACAAAGGCAGAUAUGCUUAGUGUUCUCAGAGAUUACCAAGACCUUUUCUCUGUGAUCCUCAGCCAAGCUGCUGAGUGCAUGGAGCUGGUCUUUGGUAUUGAUGUGAAGGCGUUGGACUCCACAGGUCUUUGCUAUGUCUUGGUCAAUACCUUGGGUCUCACCUACAAUGAUUUGUUGGGUGGUGAUGAGGAGAGCAUGCCCAUGGCUGGCCUCCUUGUAAAUACCUUGAGUAUAAUCUUCAUAGAUGGCAACUGUGCUCCUGAGGAAACGGUCUGGGAAAUGCUGGGUAUCAUGGGGGUGUAUGCUGGUAUGAACCAUUUCAUCUAUGGGGACCCCAGGGAGCUGCUGACCCAAGUGUGGGUGCAAGCAGGGUACCUGGAACACCGGCAGGUGCCCAAUAGUGAUCCUGCCCGCUAUGAGUUCCUAUGGGGUCCCCGGACGUACUCAGGCAAGUUCAGUCACGUGGAGGCAAACAUGGUGAUCCACUGUUGA